AUGGAGGGGUUGGAAUGUUUGGAACUAAGGCACAAGUUGAAAGAAAGAUUUAGAAAGAAGAUGAAGAAAGAGUUGGGAAGUGGAAGUGCUUCAAGUUGCCGUUCGGAUAAUUUUGGUUCCUUCUUUGGACCUUCACAGCCAGUUAUAGCUCAAAGAGUAAUUCAAGAAAUGAAGUCCUUAUUGGAAAACCCUGAUUUGGCAGCUAAAGUUAUGAGGAAAAAUAAUAUUAUAGCUAGUGGUAAGGUUCAUGUGAGACCAAAGUCCAGUACUAGUAACCAUGCACCAAAAGCAAAAGUAGUUUCCAAUGGGGGGGUUAAAACGAAAAUCCAGAUGCUAAAAUACACAAGGGAUUAUUCGUUUUUGUUAUCUGAUGAUGUUCCUGCUCCUUCAAAACCAUCUUUGCCUCAAAAAGGUAAUUCUGAUUCACGGUCAGCACCAAAAAACCAGUCUUCAACAGUGCCUAACUUGCCUAGACAAAACCCUUCAAAACUGCAACCUUCCAUUUCAAAACAGAAAAAGAUGAUGCCUAGCAAGCCAAAAAUGAUUCAGAAACCAGAUGCAAAUGUUCCGAAAGUUUCUUUGCCUCAAAAAGGUUCUACUCCCAAUUCUUUGGCACCUUUGGAUGUAAAGAGACCCAUGCCUAACUUGUCUAGACAAAACCCUUCAAUACUGCAACCUUCCAUUUCAAAACAGAAAAAGAUGAUGCCUAGCAAGCCAAAAAUGAUUCAGAAACCAGCUGCUAUGCCAUCCUCAAGACCUGCUGUGGCAAUGCAGAAACAUUCAGUAGUGCCCUCCUCUAAACCUCAGGUACCGCGAUGA